CGGAAUGCAGAGUCUCCUCAGAAGAUAUCACAUGUACUUGGGCUUCGGUAACAUGGCGGCAAGCACAGACUUUUUUUUCUCUCGAUGUUUAGAACGUCUUUUUACGCUCAGCCAAUAGUAGUAAGAGACGACUUCGUGUAGGAGACGCGUAUCUUGUGCGACUUUCCGGCUGGACCUGUGAGGACUGAAAGAUGUCUGAACGUAAAGUUUUAAAUAAAUAUUAUCCACCAGAUUUUGAUCCUUCUAAAAUCCCCAAGUUAAAACUUCCAAAAGAUCGGCAAUAUGUUGUGCGUCUUAUGGCUCCAUUCAACAUGAGGUGUAAAACAUGUGGAGAGUAUAUCUAUAAAGGAAAGAAGUUUAAUGCAAGGAAAGAAACUGUGCAGAGUGAGCAGUAUUUGGGACUCCCAAUCUUUCGCUUUUACAUCAAGUGUACACGCUGUUUAGCUGAAAUCACGUUUAAGACAGACCCAGAGAACACAGACUAUGCCAUGGAGCAUGGAGCUACACGCAACUUCCAAGCAGAAAAACUUAUUGAGGAAGAAGAGAAGCGAUUUCAGAAGGAUAGAGAAGAGGAGGAGCUCAAUAACCCAAUGAAGGUUCUCGAAAAUAGGACAAAGGACUCCAAAAUGGAGAUGGAUGUAUUAGAAAAUUUGCAGGAGUUGAAGGAGCUGAACCAGCGGCAAGCAAAUGUGGACUUUGAUUCUAUGUUGGUUCACUACAGAGAAACAGAAGAGGAAAUGAAAAGAAGACAGGAAGAGGAAGAUGAGAAAGAGAUGAGGGCAAUGUUGCAUGAAGCUCGCAAAAGGCAGCUGACAGUUGAUUCUGAGUCUGAUGAAGAAUAUCCCCCUAUUUUGCCUAAGCAACAUGUGGACACCUUUCAAACUGAUAUUCUGGCAAAGAACAAGAAGCUCUGCAGUGAAAAAUUGGAGAGUAAACGGAGCAGAUCUCACAGUCAUCAGAUCAUCUCAAGCCUUGUGAGAAAGCAGACCACUGACCUUCAUAAAGAAAUGACUACCCCUGCUGCCCUUUCUAAGAGUACAGAGAUCCAUUGUGAAGAAAGAUUACAAUGCAAAGGCAACGACACUGAUCUCCCAAGUGUACCAACAGCUUCUAAAGCAUCGUCUCUGUCUUUGCUGGGGAUGUACUCAGAUAGUGAAGACAGCAAUUAGAACAAAGUAAACUACUGGGCCAGUUGUGGAUCAUACUAAAAAUUCGGACUGUUCUAGUCAUGCCUCCUUUAUUUUCAACCAAAAUUGUAGGGCAUACAAUUUAGCAAAUGUGUUCACCAUCCAAGACAGUUGGUUUGUGAAUUGUUAGGUAUAACAUUAACUCGUGUAACCCCUGCAAUACAUUACUGAUCACUAGGGAUGAGAUAAUUUGACAAAUUGUGUUUUUGUAUAAUUUAACCAAAAUGCAUUAUUUUUAUGAAAUUUCGAUUUUUAAUCAAUAAUGAAAGCAAACUUUACUCUCCCUGUAAGAUGGAAACAAUAGUCACAGGAUCAGCAUGUCUUUGCUUGACCUGCAAAUCAUAUGCAUAUUGUUUGUAAAUGGGUAGGGUUUUUAAUUCCUCUGUUCUGUAAACAAUUACACUUCACACCCCCCUGUUUACAUACCAUGUGAUUAGCAGGUCAAGCAAAGGCUCGUUCGCAUGCAUCACAUGCAGGGCCAUCUUCACCUUCACGUGAUUGCAAAGUUGUUCCACACAUCCAUGUGCUGGCAGGCCCAUUCAUGUAUAUAGGGACACAGAAGCUGCAAGGACACAGUUUAUGGUCCCAAUUUGACAGCCAUGCAGGUGUGGGUGCAUGUCCCCAAACGCAGUGUGUGUUUAGGGACAUGCACCCGCACAUGCACAGCUAUUAAAUUAGGACCAGUGGCUGUGUAGCCUUGGGAAUUGCAAUAAACAUGGCACUGUCUGCACGCAGAUAAACGGAACACUUGUGCGGGCAAAGAUGUCCCUUUCCACCCAUGUGAAUGGAGCCAUACUGAUUAUGUGGACUUAACUUCCUUUCCCUUGUAUUUUUUUUAUGUUUGGUGUAUUUUUCUGUUGGUUUUUGAGUCAACUGGAAAGAAGAAAAAUAUUAACUAACAUUUUAAAAGAAUUUUACGAUUUUUUUUUUCUUUCUUAUUCUCUGUACUGAAAAAGGGACAAAUGGAUCUGUGUGUACACAUAAUUCUCAUCAUAGUACUCUGCUUUGGAAUGAGAACAUUGGUGAACCUCUCUAUUGGCCUCACUUUAUCGAAUUUGAUUGUUAUGAAUGGUAUUGGUUACCUGGAAACCCACUUGUAGCUAAUGAAUAGGUUUUUAGAUAAACUGCCCCCAAUAAUGGGAGGUAGAGCAGGUCAGGUUAGGACAACAGUGACGCACCAAUGUACUCACUUGACUCCAAGGGACUGAUGAAUGGAUUGGUAUACAAACAGAUAUUUAUUCAAAUGCAGUGGAGCUGCUACAGUGAGAGGGAUUGACAAGGCGUUGUGUGUUUGGCUUCAUCUUCAUAAUAAAGCCAGGGUGCAGAGUAAUCAAGUUUUAUUUAAAAAAAACAUUUUUUUUUUGUUUUGGACUGAAUGGAGAGGGAUUAAAACUCCGGUCACUUUUUAUUGCUGCCUGUGACCCUGUUAGGGAGAUUCACCUCUUUUUGUCCUAGUUGCCAUUAUAAGUGAAAGUAAAAGAAAACUCCUAGAAAAGUGAUAGAGGGGAAAUCUUCCAAUG